CGCCGGGGAGCUGCGCACCCGCGUAACCGUCGCCGAGGAGCAGACAGAGAGCCGCCCCAUGCCUGCGCACUUGCUGCAGGAGGAGGAGUUCUCCUCCGCUUCCAGCACCACCAUUGUCGGCACAGUCACCUCCCGGGUGACCAGGAAUGGGAAUGCUGUCAUGGAGAAGGACUUACUCAAUCAUGAGGACUUGGCAGGAGACCGGGGCAUGGUAGACGAUAUGUUUGAUGAGACCUACCAGGAGAAAGAGGGCCCCAAGCCCCCCAUGCGAUACGUCUGGAGGAACAUCAUCCUCAUGAGCCUGCUGCAUCUAGGGGCUAUAUUUGGGUUGAUGCUGAUACCUUCUGCCAAGGUCCAGACAUUGGCAUGGGCCGUUCUGUGUUUCCUGGUGAGCGCUCUGGGGAUAACAGCUGGAUCUCACCGCCUCUGGAGCCAUCGGUCCUACAAAGCCACGCUGCCCCUGCGGAUCUUCUUGACUAUUGCAAACUCCGUGGCCUUCCAGAAUGACAUCUAUGAGUGGGUCCGGGACCACCGCGUCCAUCACAAGUUCUCCGAGACAGACGCGGACCCACACAAUGCCAUGCGGGGCUUCUUCUUCUCCCACAUCGGCUGGCUGCUGGUGCGCAAGCACCCAGAUGUCAUAGAGAAGGGCCAGAAGCUGGACCUGAGUGACAUGAAGGCUGACAAAGUGGUGAUGUUCCAGCGAAGAUACUACAAGCCCUCGGUCGUGUUGCUGUGCUUCCUGCUGCCCACUGUAGUGCCCUGGUACUUCUGGGAUGAAUCCAUCAUCAUCAGCUUCUUCAUUCCAGCCAUCCUGCGCUACACCAUAGGGCUCAAUGCCACUUGGCUGGUGAACAGUGCUGCUCACAUGUUUGGCAACCGGCCGUAUGAUCAGCACAUCAACCCACGGGAGAACCCCCUGGUCAGCCUGGGGGCCCUAGGAGAAGGCUUCCACAACUACCACCACACCUUCCCCUACGACUACUCCACCAGUGAGUUUGGCUGGCGCUUCAACUUAACCACGGCCUUCAUCGACCUCAUGUGCCUCUUGGGGCUGGCCAGCGAUCGAAAGAAGGUCUCCAAGGAGGUCAUCCUGGCUCGGAAAAUGCGGACUGGAGAUGGGAGUCACAAGAGUGGCUGAGUUCCUGCUCCCCUUCACACACACAUCCACACCUCUCCUUCCUCCUUUUUUCUCCCUUUCUCCCUUCCUGACCCCUCCAAACACGCUGGACAAAGGUUUAAUGUUCUGUUUACUAACUACUGAAUAAUGCUAUCAGUUUGCUUAAGAUAAUGAUAAUGAGUUUUAACUCCCCCCCCCUUCCCAUGCUGUAUUUUACAUGAUGUAUUUAAGAUCUAGGACUCUGCCGUUAUAACGCAAGGCCAUGCCUUUUCCUCUUCUCCUUUUCCUUU